UCUCUGCAAGAUUCUCUUUCAAGCCCAAUUUAAGACCUACGCGUGUUGGAUUUGAGAGCGUAAAAACACAGGCGAGAGUCGAGCCUCUUAACUGGGGAUGUUUCAAAUGUGAUUCAGCACGGCAAACAACGUGGGUGUUGCGUGUGUGUAUGUGUGUGUAUGUUUUUUUUAGUGGGGAGUGGAGGAGAAGAGCAGCGAUAUGAAACGCGUGUGUUUAUGCCUCCUGCGUUAUCUCUGACUGACCACUGGUUCAUUUUUUCACCUGUAUGAAAGACCUUGCGAUUGUGACCAAAACAUUUUCCUAAAAGGCUUUCCAUGGAGGAUCAAUCUAUCGCUUUUUCCGUGAGGGAUGAAUUUGGUUCCUGCUGGUCUCAAGAUAUUUCAAGAUAAGAGGUCAAGCCCCCCUCUCUCUGAGAACACGAGUGCCAUUUCAAAGCUUAUUGGAUGAAAGUCUCAUUUGCCCUUGGCUGCCAAAGAUGACGUUGCCAUGGAAACAGCUUCUACUGUUAUCAAUCAUCGACUGUCUGGCAGAUUGUCUGGACAGUGGAUCAUACCAUGGUCCAAGAUGGAGGAUGGAGCCAGGUGACUUGUUUAUUCCUGUUGACUCCAUAGAAGAGGAAGCUACACUGACCUGUGAUGCGAAGGGAACGCCACCUCCUCAGUAUAGAUGGUCAUUGAAUGGGACUCUCAUAAAUCUGGGCCUGGAUCGCCGGCGGCGUCUGUCUGGGGGCAACCUCAUUAUAAGCAGUCUGGACCGCUACCAGGAUGUAGGAAUGUACCAGUGCAUGGCGUUCAACACUGUAGGAGCUAUCCUCAGCAGGAGAGCCAGUCUGCAGUUUGCCUACUUGGAUCAUUUCAAAGUCCACACCAGAAGCGCAGUGUCAGUCCGUGAGGGACAAGGAGUGGUGUUACUGUGUGGGACGCCCACUUCCUCAGGAGACCUCACGUAUGCCUGGGUCUUCAAUGAGUACCCGUACUUUGUUCAACAAGACAAUCGGCGUUUCGUCUCCCAGCAGACAGGAAACCUUUACAUUGCAAAGGUGGAGCCCUCUGAUGUAGGCAACUACACCUGCGUCGUGAUGAACAGCAUCACAAAAGGCAAAGUUCAGAGCUCGCCCACGUCUCUGAUCCUCAGGACAGAUGGAGUGAUGGGCGAAUACGAGCCGAAAAUAGAAGUUAAUUUCGCAGACAAUGUACCCGCCGCAAAAGGAUCAACAGUUACGCUGGAGUGUUUCGCCCUUGGGAACCCUGUUCCUGAAAUCACUUGGAAGAGGGCUAACGGCGUUCCCUUCCCCAGCAAAGUCAAAAUGAAGUACUCGAACGCUGUGCUGGAGAUCCCCAGCUUCCAGCAGGAUGAUACAGGAGGAUACGAGUGUGUGGCUGAGAAUAAGAUGGGCAAGAACACAGCUACCGGUCGACUGGCCUUCUACGCCAAGCCUCAGUGGAUGCAGGCCAUGAAGGACACAGCCCUGGCCAUAGAGGAGAGGCUAUACUGGGAAUGCCGAGCCAAUGGCAAGCCCAAACCAUCCUACACGUGGCUGAAGAACGGCCAACAGCUACUCUCAGAGGACAGAAUCCAUGUUGAGGACGGAGUCCUGUCAGUGUCAGUGCUGACACUAUCUGACGCCGGCAUGUACCAGUGUGUGGCUGAGAAUAAACACGGCGUCAUAUAUUUUGCUGCUGAACUGAUGGUUUUAGCCUCUCCUCCAGACUUCACAGGGAACGUCCUCAGAGCUUUGCUCAAAGCCAAGGCAGGAACUACAGUGACUUUAGAGUGUAAACCCCAGGCCUAUCCCAUCGCCAGCAUUUUGUGGAAGAAAGGAAACCUGCCUAUCCACACCAAUGACAGGAUCACUCUCUCCCCAGAUGGAACAUUGAGGCUUGCCAACGUGAGCAAGUCUGAUGCAGGCAGCUAUACGUGCUUCGCUAGGAAUAGAUUUGGCAUGUCGAGUACAACUGGAAGGCUCCUUGUUACUGAUCCAACCAGAAUCACCCAGGGGCCGGUGGACAUGGAGAUCAUUGUGGGCGAGAGCAUCGUGUUACCCUGUCAGGUCACCAGUGACCCUGUCCUUGACGUUUCUUUCUCCUGGGCCUUCAACGGACAGCUCAUCGCCAAGGGAGACGGUCACUUUGAGCUAGUGGGUGGGAGAACAGCAGGAGAUCUGAUGAUCAGGAACAUUCAGCUUUACCAUGCUGGCAAAUAUAUCUGUGUGGUGGACACGGACGUGGAGAGCCUGUCAGCCGUGGCUGUAUUGAUUGUGAAAGGCCCCCCCAGUCCUCCAGACUCUGUGACGGUGGAGGAGGUGACAGACAGCACAGCCCAGCUGGCCUGGAGUCCCGGCAGAGACAACGGCAGCCCCAUCACCAAUUACCUCAUCCAGACCAGGACUCCCUUCACUGUGGGCUGGCAGAGGGUUAACACAGUCCCUGAGAUCAUCGAUGGGAACACACUGACAGCCACUGUGGUGGACCUCAAUGCCUGGGUGGAGUAUGAGUUUCGGGUUUUGGCCAAAAACAGUGUUGGUGUUGGAGAACCCAGCCCCGUGUCAGUCAAGACCAGGACUGAGGAUGCAGUUCCUGAUGCAGCGCCAGGUGACGUGGGUGGAGGAGGUGGAAGCAGAUCGGAACUGGUCAUCACAUGGGAGCCUGUCCCCGAAGAACUGCAGAAUGGUGAGAGCUUUGGUUACAUCAUUGCUUUCCGUGCUUUCGGAGAAGUUAGCUGGACCCACGUGGCCACCUCUGCCCCCGGUGCAUCCCGCUAUGUGUACCGCAACGACAGCAUCGCGCCCUUCUCUCCAUUUCAUGUCAAGGUCGGCACUUACAACAGCAAAGGACAGGGUCCCUUCAGUCCAGUGGUCACCAUCUACUCUGCAGAGAUAGAGCCAAGCGGGAUGCCAGCGGGAGUUUGGGCCAGAAGUGUCUCAGCCUCUGAGAUUGAGGUGAAUUGGCAGGCUCUCUCCUUCACCCCUGAAAGGGUUCUGGGCUAUGAGGUGGUGUACUGGGAAGACGACACUAAACCGGAGACCAUGGGGAAGGUUAGGGUGCCUUGGAACCAAACUUCGGUCACAGUGAGCGGCUUGGCAGGGAACACGCAGUAUUUUUUAACAGUCAGCGCUUUCAACACAGCGGGCACCGGCCCCUUCCUCCCCGCAAUCAAUGUCACCACAAAAAAGCCACCACCAGCGCAGCCACCGCUGAAUGUCGAAUGGACCCUAAUUGGCUCUCAGCUGUCUCUUUACUGGGAACCUGUGGUGGCAAUGGAAUCAGAGUCAGAAGUUACAGGCUACCAACUGUCAUACAGGAGACAGAGGCACAAAGAGGGAAACACACUCAUAACAGCAAAUUCAACAGCCGAGCUGACCCUCCCCGAGGACAAUGACGAAUACAUUAUCCUCAUCCAGACGCUGAGUGAAGGAGGGCUGGGCCCGGCCUCGGAUCCCAUACGAAUCCAUCAACUAAGUAUGAGCGCCCGCGGCUCGAGAGCCUGGAGUGCGGACAUCCUCCCCGUCUCCCUGCUCCUCGCCAUUGCAAUAUCAACAUUCAGGUCAACGUCGUGACACAAUGACAAACUCUGCUCUGUUUUUCAACCUUCUUAUUGGUAAUUUUUUUUCUUUCUUGAAUUUGUGAAAGUUGUUUUUUUUCUCUCUUUUUCGGAGGUGACCACAUACUAUUUUGCAGUGUAGAUUGCGGGUAUGAGGCAGCACAAGAGUGGAGCGUGCUGUCAGGCACUAAAAUAACAGUAAAUGCUUGAGCUUUUUUUCUACGUAGGUCUGACGUUUUUGCCGGUUGGAACAAUGCCCCAUUUCAACUCUUUUUUCGACUCUAGAUUGAUACAGAUGCCUUACUUCCAUCCAUGUGCCAAAGUAGUUUCUUCUUCUUGUUAUUGCUACUAUACCUACAUGCUUUCCUCAACAUUUUAUUCCUCACAGUUUCUUAUCAUUGGAGGUCUCAGUGUACCUUGCGGAGGGCCAUGAUGAGAGGUUGUAUUUUGUAUUUUUUUUUUUUACUAUUUCAGUUUUCCUCUCCACAUCUGAAUUGGCGAGUAGUAACAUGUUCAUUCACCCGUGCCCGUGCCUUUGGAGAUUCUUGUAACGCCGUCACUUACAGACACUAGUCAGUGAUGCUUAGUGUUUGAGAACAUACUGCAGCCGCCUUCAUCUUUACGUGCUCCAUUGAAAGUUGUCCCAGCUGAAGCUCAUAAAACCACUCAGUGUUAGCCAUUUACCUUUUAUCAUUUGACUGUGGAGAGCUGAAUGUGUAACAAGAGGCCUCCUACAGGUUUUAAUGCCUCAGUCCAGUUAUUGUGAUGGCCCGCUCAUUGAUGGAUCGGACUUUACUCUGCAUUCUCCGAGAUUACAUCCGUCUGUAUAGAGCAGCAGGGGAGAGGUGUACGGCUGCCAGUGUAUUUCCUUCAGCACUAAUGCUGAAACAAUCAGUCAAUCGACAGAAAAUAAUCAACAACAAG